AUGACACUGGCCUUCAUUUUCCAACAGCACGCUGAGAUUGAGACUUCAGUACACGAGCAACUGGCCCAGGAGAAUACGGUCUUGCUAGCGAGGGGUACUAAAGACUCGAAUCGUUUACACAAGAGCUGGACCAAGAGCAGGUUUUGUCGAGAUGUCACCAAAGCAUUGUCUGGAGAGCAGAUAGGAGCAAGCGAAGACAGGCCGCCAAGUUCAGACGAAGACAGUGAGGUGGACACUGAAGAUGCCACGCUUCUCCAGAUGACACCAAAAGCUCAGUCUCAGCAUUCGAUUAUGCGCCCACCUCCAUUACCGGACCUUCAUUCUCCGCGUCUGCAGCAAUCUGCAGGCUCUUCUACCCUUACCCCCCUGCCUACAGACUGCUGGAGGUUGAUCGAGAUAUACUGCACGUAUACACAAUGCUGGUUGCCCAUCGCAGACAAGCUUGAGAUCCUCAAACUCUCGUAUUCUUAUGCGGAACAAGGUUUGGCUCUGUCAAGCGAUAUGUCCAACUCGGGAAGUUACGCAGAGAUGUGGAGUGUAUUUGCAGUCGGCUCUACGCAUGAUGACGCGAGUCUCGCAGGAGAAAGCUAUCAUCCAUGGCCGUCCGGAAGACUUUACGACAUCGCGAGGCAACUUAUCCCCAACGAGCUAGGCAAAUUCGAACUAGGUCAUGUCAAGGCCCUUCUCAACCUAGCAUUGUUCAACAUUCAUGGGAAAUUAUUCGAUGCUGCUUGGCAUCUUGUCGGCGGUGCUUUACGACUAGCCCUCAUGCUUGCAGAAUCGCCAGAUGCUGUUACACUUCGGCUCAAGCAUGUUAUCUCGAGUUGCUUUGUGCUCGACAGUCUUUUGGCCUUACAUCUCAAACGGCGCCCGUACCUCGACAGGGCCGAUAUUUCGUGGAUGGGCAAGAUAGAGGAAGAUGGCAUGGAAGAAUGGCAGCCAUGGGGUGGCCAUCUCAAUCUUGGUCCAUCACGUCUGUCAAACUCUCCGACACUCGCUUUGAGCACAUUCAACGCUCUCAUGGAACUGGUUGACAUUCUCCGAUGUACGUCUAUGGAGCGGACAGCGCCAAACUUUCUACAUGAGAUGAUUGGCCGACUUGAGAUGUGGAAGUCAGCGUUACCACCAAAACUCGAUUACAUUCGGAAAGAUCCACCUUCUACACCACCGACCCCACCUGCAUUGCUUCUCCGAUUCACUUAUCUCGUCACUGCGUUUACUCUGGUUCCAUCUCAGGCAUGGCUUCAGCAGAUUUUGGACAUGUUAAACAUCCUAAAACAGCAGCUUGGGGUCACAAGAAUGCCAGCAGUCAUCACCUGCUUAUUACAAAGUAUCAAGAGAAGCACUAAUAGUCUGAAUCUGGAUCAACAGACACAUAAUCGAAUUCACGAGUUAUUUGCCGCUCUUGGCCAUUCAUCACAAGAGACUUCCGAGAGAGCAUCAUCGGGUUUGCGAUCGGUAUCGGUCACUUUAAGAGACGCGUCUUCGGAAGAUUCUGGAAUCGUUCAGACCUCCCCGCAGUCUCUCGUCUCACAACAUAGCGGUCCGUUCACCGAUCGGUACCAGCAACCGCCCAACCAGUCUACUAUGGUCCAUCCAGAUAUGAACGUUAGCCAUGCAGGUCACAGUCUGCAACCAUUCGAACCCAAUCUAUUCGAUUUCGGAAUGACCGGCCCGAUCUUCGACCCCCAUGAUCCUUAUAAUGCUUUAGUCUCGGGUGAUUUGGGAAGUUUCCUCGACGACUUCGCUUCAAAGCAUGGUGCCAAGAAAUUACAAAACCAACCGCAGUUUAUGGAGAACCUCGGAUUUUCAUCGGAAGUAAGCAUGGCCGAUCUAUUGGCGGCUGAUACCGGCCGUUUCAUGCCUACUGCAUCGAACCUAGGCGUAGAUAACAGCGAGGAAUCUCCUCAAUUCCCGCUCAACACUUUCUACGAUGCUGGGUGA